AUGAAUUUGAGGCACGGAACGGUGCGAUGCGAGGGGCCUUCGGCCAAGACUCACCCAACAGCCUUCCCGGAGUACACCAAGCAGGUGCCUCUCACCCCGAAGAUGGAUCAGGACCAAGGCUUCAAGAAGUAUGACGGACCCGCAGGGCCAUUCGCGGCCGAGUUUGACCUGGCAAACCAGCUCAACAUCUUCCCGCUGACCGAAGAACAAUACAAAGAGCACUUCGCAAGUGCAAAGCCCAUCCAUGUGCCUGAGAAGCCUCAGUACUCCUCCAACUGGGAGCGUGCCGUGGCCUACCACCAUGGACUGUACAUGCCAGAGAAGUGUACCACGCCAAAGUCUGCUGACGACAUCCGCCUUGCCGUUGCGGACUUUUCUGCGAAGGUGCAUCAGGAUGCUCCAAAGGAUGCUUGCAAGUAUUUGCAGAUUGAGGAGUUCCGUUGUUUGAACGCCCACCAAUUCCACAACCAGCCGGAAGUCGCAGCCAAGAAAUGCAUGAAGUGGUGGGAUGAGAUUCAGAAAUGCCAGUGGGAUCAAGCCAAGUUCAAUGCCGGAACCACCUACAUUGAAGGUCCACAGAUGCGACGUCGCCGUCCUUAUAUUUUCUACCCAGAUUUCAAGUACGCCUGA